AUGUGUUACGUUUUCAAACCCAGGAACGUCGGUUAUGAUGAUAACCAGCCGGAUUAUUUGGUUAGGGAGGCUUUGUCUGUUCUUCUUGGCUACUACUACCCACUUUCAGGGACUUUGAAGCGGAGGGACACUGAUCGGAAGCUUCAGCUGAGUUGUGGCAGCGACGGGGGCGGUGUGGCGUUCACGGUGGCUACUGCUAACGUAGAGCUUUCUUCUUUGAAGUAUCUAGAGAACAUUGACUCAGAUAUGGCCUUGAAGUUUUUGCCAGAGGUUCAAGUGGAUAAGGAUGGUUAUCCACCUUUUGCGUUGCAGGUGACCAACUUUAAAUGUGGAGGAUUCAUCUUGGGGGUUGCUCUGCCGCAUUCAAUGUGCGAUGGAUUUGGAGAGGGACAUAUCAUGUGCGCCUUGACAGAGUUGGCCGGCGGAAAGAAUAUGCCGACGGUGACACCGGUUUGGGAAAGAGAGAGACUCGUGGGAAGGCCUAAAGACAACGAUCAAGUUCCCUUUGUUCCCGAAGGCGAUACGGCUACUUCACCCUACCUACCGACUGAUGAUUGGGUAAGUGAGAAAAUAAGUAUCAGAGCUGAGAGUAUAAGAAGACUGAAAGAAGCUACACUGAAAGAGUAUGACUUCUCUAAUGAGGCACUCACUACUUUCGAAGUUAUAGGAGCUUAUUUGUGGAAGUCAAGAGUUAAAGCUCUGAGGUUGGAUCGCGAUGGAGUCACAUCUUUGGGUUUAGCUGUAGGAAUCCGAAACGCAGUGAAUCCACCUUUGCCCGACGGAUACUAUGGUAAUGCAUACAUAGACAUGUAUGUAUCAUUAACCGUUAAAGAAGUAGAAAAGUUUACCAUCUCUGACAUCGUGAAGCUCUUAAAACAAGCAAAAAGAAAGGCUCACGAUAAAGAUUAUCUCCAAGAAGAGCUUGCCAACACUGAAAGUAUCAUCAGUAUGAAUUUAACGAUCAAAGGUAGAUUUUGUUUGACGGACUGGAGGAACAUUGGGAUUUUUGGAUCGAUGGAUUUCGGGUGGGGUGAGCCGGUGAAUAUUGUCCCGGUGGUCCCACCAGAGAUAGCCAGAAUUCUUGGUAUCGUCAUGCCAGCGUCGAGGUUAGAACCUUCGAUGGUAGGAGGAGUUCAAGUCAUGAUUACGUUGCCAAGAGCUGCAAUGGUUAAGUUUAAAGAAGAGAUGAAUUCUGUAAACUGA